AGAGAUAUUUCCUACAACAACUUCUCAUUACAGAGCUCAGGCCCAACGGAAUGCCCUAGUGGAAAUGUUAACUUGCUGGAAGGCUUUUCCUCAUUCGGAAACGUGACCAGAGUUCAUCCAUGCCUCAAACAUAACUUUCCUUGCUUUGACCCGAGGUCUCGGAAGAGUUAUUCCUUGCACAUUAAUUGUGGAGGCAAAGACACAAUUAUAAGCAAUGGUACAAUGUAUGAGGCCGACUUAGAUGACCGGGGUGCUUCAUUGUUCUAUUCAAAACCAAGCUGGGCAUUUAGCAGCACAGGAAACUUCAUGGACAAUGAUGUCACUGGCGAUUCCUAUAUUUAUACUAAUACCUCUGCCCUGCAUAAUCUCACUACUCUUGAUUCUGAGCUCUAUAUGACUGCACGUGGGUCGCCCCUCUCUCUCACUUACUAUGGAUUGUGUAUGAUGAAUGGAAAUUACACUGUCAGACUCCAUUUUGCGGAGAUCAUAUUUACAAAUGAUGGCUCUUUUACUAGCCUCGGGAAGCGUAUCUUUGAUAUCUACUUGCAGGAAAACCUGGUAGUGAAGGAUUUUAACAUUGAGAAAGAGGCAGGAGGACCGGGUAAACCCAUUGUAAAGAUUUUCAAUGUAGCCGUAACAAAUGAGACGCUGAAGAUGCGUUUUUACUGGGGUGGGAAAGGAACAACAGGAAUACCUGAAAGAGGAGUUUAUGGCCCUCUAAUUGCUGCAAUAUCAGUUGACCCCAAUUUCACACCACCGGACGAUGAUAAAAAGAUUCCUGUUGGAGAAAUAGUUGGAAUUCUUGUUGCUGGAGUUGUGACCUUGAUACUUUUGGUAGUAGGCAUUGUCUAUUUGAUGCUCUUAAAGCGAAGAAAAGUAUCUGAGGAGGGAGAUCUUAGGGCCUUGGAUUUACAAGCUGGAAUUUUCACCUUAAGACAGAUCAAAGCUGCAACAAAGAACUUUGAUGAUGGAAACAAGAUUGGGGAGGGUGGUUUUGGUUCAGUUUACAAGGGCCAAUUAUCAGAUGGAACAACAGUUGCCGUGAAGAAGUUAUCAUCAAAAUCAAAGCAAGGAACUAGUGAAUUUCUGAAUGAAAUACGCAUGAUAUCUGCAUUGAAACAUCCAAAUCUUGUCAAAAUAUAUGGGUGUUGUGUUGAAGGCAAUCAACUAAUGCUAAUCUAUGAGUACAUGGAAAACAAUUGUGUAUCCCGCGCUCUAUUUCGAAAAGAUAGUACAAACAAGAUUAAAUUAGACUGGCCUACAAGGAGCAAAAUCUGUUUGGGAAUCGCUAAAGGAUUGGCAUACCUUCAUGAAGAAUCAUGCUUGAAGAUAGUUCAUAGAGACAUCAAGACCAGUAACAUUUUGCUUGACAAGAACCUGAAUGUUAAAAUAUCUGACUUUGGCCUCGCUAAACUUCACGAGGACGAAAAUACCCACAUCAGCACCCGGAUUGCAGGGACCGUAGGAUAUAUGGCUCCUGAGUAUGCGAUGCGUGGCCACCUAACCAACAAAGCAGAUGUCUACAGCUUUGGGGUCGUUGCUCUUGAAAUCGUCAGUGGCAAAAGCAACACCAGCUACAGGCCCAAGGAUGAAUUUGUCUAUCUUCUAGACUGGGCCUAUGUUUUACAAGAGAGGGGCAACAUACUUGAGCUAGUGGAUCCGGAGUUGGGCUCUAACUACGAACCGGAAGAGGUGAUGUUAGUGCUAAAAAUAGCACUCCUAUGUACGAACGCAUCCCCAACGCUGAGGCCUAAAAUGUCUCAAGUGGUGAGCAUGCUGCAAGGACAUACCCUUGUUGAGGACCUGCUUUCAGGCCCAAGUUCCUCCUCCAUUGAUCUGCAAUUCAGGUCGAUGAGGAGGCACUUUUGGCAGAGCCCCAGUGUGGGCACAAAUGGGACGAGGACCUGCUCUAAUGUCUCAUCUGAGAGCAAGGAAGAAACGGUUGCACUUGUAAAAAGUCAGGUUUAACAAGGUACACUAGGCAAGAGAUUACAAAAUGCCAAUCAAUUAAUGACUGUAUAUAGGCAUAUGGGAUUGUGUAGGGAACUCCUGGCUAAGGACCAAAUAUUUAUAGUGCACAGGAGCAUUUUUUAGGAGUUCUUUAUGCAUUAUACCAUUGUAUUCUUUAUUUUGGUUAGAAGUACCACGUACUAGUCCAUUUUU